CGCCAAAACUGCUUUAAUGAAAAGAGGUUGAAUACAUUCAUUUUAUAACGAUAAAUCAGAGCAAACAAGCAGACAAUGGUGCCAAUCAGCGUAUCGAGCUACUAAAUCUGUUUUUGGAUGAGUUUUGGUAUGUCGCCGCGUCACUGAAUGUCAUUGGAUUUAUAAAUACAAUCAGCUCCAGAAAUAGGUAGCUACAGGUUUUCCAGGCGUGCCGACUAAAAUAAAAUAGCCUGGAUUCGGUUAACAAUAUUAUUGUCUGAGCUUACUAAGCGGACAGAUCUGUUCUCAAUCGGAUUAUAUUUUUAUUGUGUGAUAAUGGAUGACGAUUCUCAACAAUUUUCUUUACGCUGGCAUAACCACCAGACGAGCAUUAUCGGUGCCCUCGGCCGCAUGUUAGAGUCAGGUGCUCUGAGUGACGUCACGCUCAGUGCAAAUGGAGUAUCCCUGAAGGCCCACAGACUAGUUUUAGCUGCUUGUAGUCUAUACUUCGAACAUAUUUUCAAGGAUGUAGAAGAGAACACCGUUGUUGUCAUCUUGGAUUGUGAUGCUUCAGACUUGCGUCAACUUCUUACAUUUAUGUACACUGGUGAAGUGACAGCGGCGAGAAAGAAUUUGCCUUCGCUAUUACGACUGGCGCAGUCCUUACAAGUGUCCGGACUUACUGAUGCAAAUUAUGACUCCACCGCUCUACCGCGUGAAAAUGAACCUCUUAAAGUACCGAACGAUGAUCCCAUUAACCUAGAUGUUUCAAACAAAGAAGAUACAGAUAAAUUAUUUGAUAAACAGCUGUCAGAAAUUACAAGAAAUGAUAAAUUGAGUAAAUUAGACCAAAUAGUUCAAAAUCUGUACACUUCACAUAAAAUUGGUAAUAUGACGACGCCAAUGUUAUCACAGCCUGUGCUUCAGAGCUUAACGGAACCAUCAAUAUCCCAAAUGGAAUAUGAAAAGAAAUGGCGAGGUGGAUCAAUAUGUACAAUAUGCAACAAGCGUCUUAGCAAUCAAUACAACCUGCGCGUGCACAUGGAAACACAUGCUGGAAGACGUCACGCAUGUCGCGCAUGUUCGCAUGUCUCUCGAUCACGUGACGCAUUAAGGAAACACGUUGCGUAUAGGCAUGCACAUUCGACUAAAAGUUCACUUUGACGAUAGACAAGUCAAAUAAAGGGCCUUGAUUUGGGGCCUCAAGUCCGUCCCUGAUUCAUUAUAUUUUUUUAAUCCCAACGUAUAUACCCAUUAGGAUACUAAGAUAAAUUGAAUAAGCUGUAAAAUAUUGCACCCAUGACCGACAUUAGACAACUACUUAGCAAAGUAGUUGUAAUAGUAGCAACUAUUACUAGUCAUAUAGAAAAAAAAACAUAUUUAUUUGCAUAUUUCCAGUCAUCGUUAUUAUAAUGUAACUUAAUUUAUUUUAUUAUUAAGUAUUCAACUACUAUGGUUAUGGAUAAUAAAAAUACAAGUACAAGUGUACACAAUUUAUUUCUGCCUUACAUUAGUAGAAAAACGCAUCAAAAUGACAGUCUGUAGAAAAUUAGCUAGUAUAAAAAUACUGUUCACUUUUUGUAAACGCAAUCAGUUAAAAAAGCGUAAAAUGCGUUCCACACGAUUAGUUGAAGUUCCACAAUAUUAUGUAGAAGAGACUACUGGUAACUUAUAAAUUUAAUUUCCGUCAUAAUCCUUUAGAAUUGUUCCGUGUAG